AUGAUUGAAGAUACCUCCUCCGUUCCUGGCUACACCAUUUUGCGGGAAGAAGCCAGGGAUCCUGGACCCUGCCCUUCUCGAGAUUUGGGCCAGCCCCAUCCCCUCGAUCAGCUAUCGGUUGAAGAGAUCCGUCUCGCAGCACGGCUCAUCCGUGAAAACUCCACCUUCAACGAUUUCAAGUUCAACUGCAUUACUCUCCGGGAACCGAAGAAGACCGAGUACGCCGCGUUCCGUUCCAGAAAUGGCCCACGACCUUGUCGCCAGGCCUUUGCCAUCAUCAUCGAGAAAGUGACCGGUAAAGUUGCCGAGGUCACUGUCAACCUUACCAACGGCAAUGUCGAAUCUCAUCAGCUUCGUCUAGGAGCCGGCCCGAUCAUGAACAUUGAAGAUAUGGAUGUGUGCGAGCGAAUUGCCCGCCAGGAUCCCCUCGUUGUUGAAGCGUGUCGCGAGAUCGGCAUCACCGACAUGAACAAAAUUUUUAUCGAAGCCUGGGCCAUCGAUGUCGAUGAACGCUGGGGAAAAGACCGGCGCAUCCAGCGAGGCCUGGUCUUCUAUCGCAAGUCAGCUAUGGACAACCAGUUCGCCCAUCCCCUCGACUUUUCAGUAGUUAUCGAUCUUGAGACUGAGGAGGUCCUUGCGGUUGAUAUUCGCCGAGUGAACGGCGGUGAACGCACAAAGCCCGAGCUGACGGAACACAAUUUCCUCCCGGAGUUUAUCGCAGAUGGCUAUCAGCAUGCCAAACUCAAGCCCGUCGAUAUCACGCAGCCCCAGGGGGUCUCAUUCCAGAUGCGUGGAAACGAAAUUGCCUGGGCCGGCCUCAAGAUGCACAUCGGCUUCAACUAUCGUGAGGGCAUUGUGCUCUCCGACGUUUCUGUUCACGACCCCUACGAGAACCGCCAACGAAGCUUGUUCAACCGUAUCAGCUUGGUUGAAAUGGUUGUCCCGUAUGGCAAUCCUGAUCCUCCACAUCACCAGAAGCACCCCUUUGAUGUUGGUGAGUACGGAAUGGGCCUGAUGACCAACUCUCUUCAACUCGGCUGCGACUGCAAGGGGGUGAUUCAUUAUCUUGAUGCUAUCAUGGCUGUUUCCUCUGGCGACCCGGCCAUAGUCAAGAACGCGAUUUGCAUCCAUGAAGAAGACAACGGGCUUCUCUACAAGCAUACCGAUUAUCGCGAUGGAAGUGUUAUUUCGGCACGAGACCGAAAGCUCAUCAUCUCCCACUUCAUCACUGCGGGAAACUAUGACUAUGGCUUCUAUCAUACCUUUUCCCUGGAUGGCACCUAUAAACUCGAGGUGAAGCUUACUGGAAUUCUCAACACCUAUUGUCUUCAUCCAUUGGAAACCGCCGCCCCGUAUGGUACAGAGGUUGCUCCAUUUAUCAACGCUCACAAUCAUCAACAUAUCUUCUCCCUUCGUGUUGACCCGGAAAUCGAUGGAACGAAGAAUUCAGUUGUGCAAAACGAUGCUGUCUUGAGUGACCAACCCCUGGGUUCGGCAGGAAAUCUCCAUGGGAAUGGCUUCCUUUGCAAGAAGACAACACUGCGGACUUCGAUGGAGGGUGGUGCAAACUACUCGCACCAGACUGGUCGAACUUGGGACAUCAUAAACCCCAACAGUAGGCGAGGAGGCAAGCUUGCAGGGUACAAGAUCGUCAACAACAGCUGCCCGCCCCUUCUGGCACAGCCAGGAAGCCUUGUGCACAAGCGAGCCGCAUUCGCCCACAAGAGCCUGUGGGUUGUGCCAUACAGAGAUUACGAGCUCUUCCCUGCCGGAGACUACGUCUGUCGAUCAACUGGGGAAACAGGUCAUCCGUUCAAUCAAACGAUUGAGGACUGGGUCAGCCGUAACGAGUCAAUUGACAAUAUCGAUAUUGUCUGCUACAUCCAAUUUGGGCUGACCCAUUUCCCACGCGCCGAGGAUUUCCCCGUCAUGCCAGUUGAGCCGGUUUCUGUCAUGAUGCGAGCGUCCAACUUCUUUGAGAAGAACCCUGCUCUUUGGGUUCCUCCUUCAGCCAUCUGCGUAGAUACUGUCUCAAGGCACGCCUACAAGGCAGAGAAGGAGCCACUUCAAUCGUGCUGCGCGAGCCCUAACACCUCCUCCAAGCUUUGA